GCAGUCUUCGUUAAUGGGCGCACUCACUUCCCUCCAUUCUCGCCAUUAGUGUCCCUCUCUUUCGCCCACUCGGUUUCUUUACAUUCCUCUCUCUCUCUCUCUUCGUGGGCAAUAGCCAACUUGCCCCAUCAAUGGCUGAUUAGCCCACGAAAUUUACGAAACCCUAAAUUGGAGUCUGAUGAAGAAAACACACGAGUGGGUCCUGCAUUGUUGUAUGAAGACCCAGAAAACGACCCUCCUUUUGUGGCUGUUUCCAUAUUGAAAGGAAGAAAAACGUCACUUUUUCCUCUUUGUUUGCACAGACAUUAACGUGGCUUACGACGCGUUUCUCUGAAUCUGUCUCACUUUCUCUCUCUUACCACCACCACCUUCUCUCUCCAUUGAAACCCAGAAAUCUUUCUUGAUUCCAAGGUUUGCCCUUUUCUUUUCGUACUCAUUUUCUUUUGAAAGGGUAUCCUUCGCUUAAAAGAGCAAGCUUCCGUUUCCGAUUGUAUCCUGGCAGAGAAAGAAAUCGUCUUUGGUUAUUAAUUGGCAGAGUGACAGAGAAAGUUCUCGACUUUUUUCAAUUCCGAGUAAAUUUUCCUUCUUUGGUCCCAAUUCCAGAUAGCUUGUGUUAUCUUUGGAUUGAUCUGGAAGAGUUUUCUUCUGUCCAAUCUGGAAUCUGGUAAUCGGAGAUAACAGAAUGGGGAAUUGAAUUGCUCUGCUUUUGAUUUCUAGUUAGCAAGUGAACGAUGAGGAAUGAUACUUCUGGUGCUCGGAAGGAUGAUCCUGAGCAAGAAGAUUCACUUCUGAAGCUGAGCAAUGAUGAGAAUCUAUCUGCUAAAGACGGCUUCUUGAAGUUGCAUAACUCCCCCAGCCAGAAAAAUCUGCAGCAUUUGUUCGUUUUGAACAACGGGAAGUUGUUGCAGAUUGUUAAAAAUCGUCGCAAAGGCUCGUUUUUCCGAAUGACUCGUGUUAUGGAUAGCAAGAUCCCGAGGCACGUGCUGUCGCCAGAUGAGAAGUUUCUCCGCCGCUGUCUUGAAUUGAUUCAUAUCAGUGCAUCUAAGUAUCACUUCGAUUCAACCAUAAUCCCAAUGGAAAACUCGCCUCAGGUUGUAUACGAGCUCCCUCUGGCAGGUGACUCAGGUAGUACACUUAUCAGCCCUGCAGUUGCAGCUUACAAGAGCAUUAUGCAUAUGCUUGAUAAACCUUUGUCUCACAAGUUGGAAGCUUUGGAUAUCGAUCCUCAUAGCACGGGAAGGCGGAAGGAUGAGGUAAAGGGUAUGCCGGAUUCCCGAAUUCGGGAUUGUCGAUCUGAAAACAUAUGUAACAACGUUGUCUCUGUAUCGAGCACAGACUCGACUUGUUUUUCUUCUGAGCUUUCGUUUUCGUCCUCAUCAUCUGCGUCUACAACCAUUUCUCAGGGAACCCUCCGUUUCACUAUGAACGGCAAUGGGUUGCCUCGUUUUGUCUUCUCAUUGGACGAUAAAAAAGAGAUCUUUGUGGCCAGCUUGAGUAAUGCAGAAUCGUGUUUUGACAGUGGUGCUCUAGAACACAUAUACUUGAUCCAUCUGGGGAAAGGCAGUGGUAAUGAGUUGCAUCUGGUGGGUAAAAUAAAGGUGUCAACUUUAUUCUCAGUCUCCUCAUCGUCGAAUAGCAGAAUCUCGAAGAGAGAGUUUGUUCUGUUCAGCGACUGUGGAAAUCUGCAAAUGCAGUGCCAUGAUACGAGGAAAAGCAAAGGGUUCCCUAAGAAAGUCGUUGACGCGUUCAAUACCCGUGCCUCCAGGCAAAGAAGUAUCUCGAGAUUCAGCAGAGCAAGCUCCACAACCGAUUUCUGUUCUUGGGAGCCAUUUCAAGAACCAAACUAUGAUCCUGAGCCUGUAAAUCUGCUGGAAAACGAUCUUCCACCGAAUCUUGAAUCGUCUGCUGUUGUUGUGGAAGAACAACACCUCGAGGAACAACAGGAGGAAUCAGUCGGAGGUUGGGGCAUGAAAUUCCUCAAGAAAACGUCCUUGGCUCGAACCGGUGAUGCUUCAAAACUUUCAACAAGCAUGUAUGUUAUCAUUCCUUCCGGUAUUCAUGGUGGGCCUAGAAAGAGGAAUGGCGGACCAUCAAGUUUGAUCCAGAGGUGGGAAUCCGGUGGAAUCUGUGACUGCGGUGGAUGGGACUUGGGCUGUCCGCUAACCGUUCUUAAAGGCCGACCACGUAAAGAUCAAAGGGAAGGCCAAUGCAAUCUCUUCGAGUUGUUCACCGAGGGAUCAAUGCACGGGACGCCGGGAUUAAGGAUUGCGAAUGUCCACGAGGGGCUAUACUCGGUUCAAUUUCAACCGAAGAUAUCGGUUUUGCAAUCUUUUUCUAUUGCUAUAGCCUACAUCCAUAGCCAGAGCCACAGGCUCAGGCCAUCACCGGCCAGAGAGUGUACAAAAGCUUAAGUUAGCAAGGAGAUUUCAGGAGAAAGAUGGGGAACUUCCCCUUUUGCGGUUUGUAUUUUUGUUUGCAUCUUUUUUUUUUAAAUGCUAUACGAAUAGUUCUACAUUGAUUUUCUUGUUAUGACCUGUGAGAUUGGAUAGUUCAUAUGCAUUUUCUGAUC